AUGCAGGCAGCUGCGGGCUUCUACACCUACUUCCAGGUCAUGUACGACUACGGCUUCAAACCCUCCGGGCUCAUCGGUCUCACCAAUAAGGUUGUUUAUGAGUUCGAUCUGGACGAUAUGACCCCUACGGUUUUCCCUGACGUCGACGAGAAGAAGCUGAAUUGGGAUGACAAUGACUCAAGCAAAUUGCACAUCUGUGGGAGAGUCGGCCUUCGCGCCCCUGACGAUGCCUCGGUUGCGACCAUAGACUCACUGCCGGUCUUUGAGAAAUGCAGCGGACCGAUCUUCACACUGUACAAUCUCCAACAGUACUGUCAUGAGAAAACGGGAACUCCGGCGUCCCAGAUGCCCGCCGAGUCCCAGAUGGACGCCCUUCUCGGUGGGAAGUGGUCCUAUGAUCAGAGCGUGGGAGUCGUCUAUGCUCGCGACAAGUUCAACAGGCCGGCCUGUGAUGCUAUGCCUCGGGCCAGUAUUGUCUUGGAGGGUCUGACCUACACUCUGUUCGUGCCCUAUGGGGUCUGGAGUGUGGACGGCCAGAAGAAGAUUGACGAGGCUACUCUGGACAUGGAGUGCAUGUAUUGGACUCGCAGUCCUCUCAUUGAGGCGGUCGGCGAGGAGUCGACCAGCAAUGACGGAGGAGUCCCGGUGUGUCACAGUACUGAGGCCCUCAAGUAUGCCCAAAGCGCCUUCUUCCUGGGUAUUGUUGUCGCACAGUAUGCCACUUUGUUCUUCUGCAAAUGCCGUACUCUGUCGCUGACCAUGCAAGGCGUGUCCAACUGGUUCCAGAACUUCGCCUUAGUGGUGGAGUCCUCUGUGGCGGCGCUGGUCGUAUUCGCUCCUUUCAUGUGGGUGGUCUUCAAUACUAGACCUUUGGAAGGGUGGCAUGUAUGCGUACCGGCCAUGCCCUUCGCUGUCUUCAACUACUGUUUUGAUGAGGUCCGCAAGUACUUUCUGAGACAAGGCGCUCCAAAUUUGAAGGCGAUAACGGGAGCCUCUCAGACUAGAUUCGGCAAGUGGGUGUAUAAGACAACAUAUUACUAA